UUCUGAUCCGUCAGAAAUGCGAUCUAUCGUUUGACACUGUUAUUGGUUCCUCAUGCAAUAAAGCAUUGACUUACCCCGUCUUUUGCUUUCGAUAGUUCGUUUCUGACUUUUCCGACCGGGUUGAAAAGAGAAUUCCAUAUCUAGGAAACUAUUUCCGGCUAUUUCCGGGGAUAAGGAGUUCAUGCUCUUUGACGUCCCCAGGAAACAAUUGUUCCCACCCUCCUGCCCCUGAUAUCGACGAGUUCACAAAGGUAGAUCUCAAGUCAAGAGCAGUGUAUGUAUGCACUACUGUUGAGUCUCUCUCUCCUGAGAGAAUGUACAUGUACAUACUCCCGUACAAUACUAUGGCUUUUGAUCAGCUGCAGGCUUCACCUGCCGUGGUCAUCAGAUCAUCCGUGUAGUACACAGAAAGAGAGGAAUGCGUUUUCCAUUAAAUAUUCAUACUUUGCUCAGACUCGUGUAGAUUAUCGUAAAGAUACUUUCACAAGAUGUAAGUUGGCCAGAGAACAGUUUGUCCCGUAUGUUCUUUGUGAGGUACCUGAGGCACCCCAGGCACCGUGCCUGGAUAUCAUCUGAUUUCCGCCCUCUGAUUGGCCAUCCAUUUUAACUUCAAUUUGACUCUCUUCAGCAAUUUUCAACUUUUGUUCCCCAGACUUCCAUCUUCAACCUCAUCCUCGUCUUGCCACCUCUUAUCCGCUUACCCUCUUGUUCCUCUUAUCAUUUACUCCUCUCGGCGGCAUGUCCAAGGCGACUUUCGCCGCAAUCGCCGCGGCUAGCGCGGCCACCGGAGCUGGCCUUACAGCGUUGCUCUAUUCCUCUUCCUCCCCUCGGCCCCAACAGCAACAGCAACAACAACAACAACAA